GCAUCGUCUUUAUUGAAGAGCAUACUCCUACGUCCACUCCACUUUCUGCCGCUUGCACUCAAUCUCCGGCUCACUGGACAAACAAAAGUACGGUGUGCUCGUAGCCUAAAACAAGUGGGGCCAGGGGAGGGGCUAAAUCGGAAAUUGAAAAGAGAGAGAGAGAGAGGGAGGAAGGUGGUGGAUAGUGUAAUAAUAAUGGUGGGGAAGUGCGAGAAAGAGAGAGCAUUCAAUGCGGACAUGUUUGUAUUGACUGUGAGAGUAAAUGAGGAAUUGAUGGGUUUUAAAGGAUUUGCCUUUAUUAUGCCCUACUAUCACUCCUAGCGCAGAGGGAGGAGUUGGAAAAGUGAAAUAGUUGUUGGUAUGGUGUACAAAUAGUGGGGGAGGAGUUGUUGGAGCCUAUUUUUUGCUGCUGCUGCUGCUGUGCCUCUUCCAUUGCCCAGGUUGGGUUUUUUUCACCCUUUGGGAUCUUUGUGGGAGUAUUAUAAUAUUUCUUUUUUUUUUUUCUUGUCUAUUUUGUGGGCUCAGCAGCAGAAGUUAAUGGGAAUGGGUUUAGGAUUUAGUAAGAUCUUUUGCUCAUAAGAUUUUAAAAAGGGUUGGUGUUGGGUUUGAAUUGAGAGGCUUAAUUAUGGCUCCUUGGAGGAUUCUAAAGCUGGGAUAUUUUCUGAUCGCAAUUUAAAGGUGAUAAAGAUAAAGGGCCGUCAACUCAGCAGUGGACUUAAAAAGUUUGAAAUGUAUGUGACUGGGAGGCUCAACCUCUGCGGCUAAAGAUUUCAUUUUGAAAACCCCAUUUGCUUUCCUUUUGAGUUUGAAAGAUUGGCCGUGGGAAAGAGAGGAAGACCAGGCCAUGCAUAUGUCACUAUGGAAGCCUAUCACCCAAUGUGCCGCUAUAAUCAUGGACAAGAAGAGCAAGAGGAGAGAUGGUUCUGGUUUGAACGAGGAAGGGAAGCGAAGGCCCUCGAUUCUCAGGCAAUUGCAGGAGAACAAGCUCAGGGAGGCUCUUGAGGAAGCGUCUGAAGCUGGGUCUCUUUCAAAAUCCCAAGAUGCUGAUCCUUCGGAGUCUUCGAACCAAGAGGGUGGUGGUGCUGCUGGUGGUGGUCUCGGGCGCUCCAGAUCCCUUGCUCGUCUUCAUGCCCAGAAAGAGUUCUUGCGUGCUACGGCUCUCGCGGCCGAGCGAAGCUUUAGCUCGGAGGAGCUCAUUCCUAGCUACCAAGAUGCCUUCAACAAGUUCCUCACAGCGUACCCCAAGUUUCAAUCCACGGAAAAGAUUGACCAGUUGAGGUUGAACGAGUACGGCCACCUGACCGAGGCGUCUGCAAAGGUAUGCCUUGAUUACUGUGGUUUUGGCCUGUUUUCUUACCUUCAAACUCAACAAUAUUGGGAAUCAUCGGCAUUUAGUUUGUCUGAGAUAACUGCGAAUUUGAGCAACCAUGCCCUUUAUGGAGGUGCCGAGAAAGGUACCACAGAAGAUGAUAUUAAGACUAGGAUUAUGGAUUAUUUGAACAUUCCUGAGAAUGAAUAUGGCCUUGUUUUUACUGUUAGUAGAGGUUCUGCAUUCAAAUUGCUUGCUGAAUCUUACCCUUUCCAAACGAACAAGAAGUUGUUGACCAUGUUUGAUCAUGAGAGCCAGUCUGUGAAUUGGAUGGCUCAGAGUGCCAAGGAAAAAGGUGCUAAGGUUUAUAGUGCCUGGUUUAAGUGGCCUACUAUGAAACUCUGCUCCAGGGAGCUGAGAAAGAAAAUUGCAAAUAAGAAGAGGAGGAAGAAGGAUUCUGCUGGGCUUUUUGUAUUUCCUGUUCAGUCUAGGGUAACUGGGGCCAAGUAUUCUUACCAGUGGAUGGCUCUUGCUCAGCAAAACAAUUGGCAUGUUUUGCUUGAUGCGGGGUCAUUGGGUCCUAAGGACAUGGAUUCUCUUGGGUUGUCCCUCUUUAGGCCGGAUUUUAUUAUCACAUCCUUUUACAGGGUAUUUGGGUCUGACCCAACUGGAUUUGGAUGCCUUCUGAUAAAGAAAUCUGUGAUUGGAAGUCUGCAGAGCCAAUCUGGGCAUACUGGGUCUGGAAUGGUUAGGAUCGUCCCGGUGUUCCCACAGUACCUUAGUGAUUCUGUGGAUGGUCUUGAUGUUUUGGCUGGAAUUGAAAAUGAGGCAUUAAAUAGCAAUGAAGAGUCAAUGCCUGAAACACAAGGGGGGUCGCAGAUGCCAGCCUUUUCAGGUGUAUUCACUUCCAACCAGGUGAGGGAUGUCUUUGAGGCUGAGAUGGAACAAGAUAACAGCUCAGACAGGGAUGGGGCUAGCACAAUAUUUGAGGAGGCUGAGAGUAUUUCAGUCGGAGAGGUUAUGAAAAGUCCAGUUUUCAGUGAGGAUGAAUCAUCAGACUAUUCAUACUGGAUUGAUUUGGGUCAGAGUCCACUGGGUGGGUCUGAUAAUUCUGGCCAAUUGACAAAACAGAAAACGGGCUCACCAUUGCCACCAUCAUGGUUUUCUGGCGGGAGAAGCAAUAAGCGACUCUCUCCAAAACCAAGAUCAAAAAUAUCAAAGAGCCCGGUAUAUGGUGACAGGAGUGUCAAUCUCAAAUUGCAUGAAGAUCCUGUGUUGUCCUUUGAUGCAGCUGUCUUGUCAGUGUCACAGGAGCUGGACCGGGUUAAGGGGAUUCCUGAAGAAGAACAGUUAGGUGAAGCAGAUGCGUCUGGAAGUAGUGAUUAUUAUGCAGAUUCCCGGCAAUUUGAGGAGAUUCAAGAAGAGCAUGAAAUCAGAGAAACGUCAGGGCAGAAUGAUACUAAGUUGCACUCUACCGUAGAUGAAUUCAGACACAAGAGCCAGAAUACCGACCUUCGGCAUGGCAAUCGCGAGAGUUCCUCAACCUCUGAAGUAGGUCAAGAAGUGAAAGAAAGUGCUAUAAGGAGAGAGACAGAAGGUGAAUAUAGACUGCUUGGAAGGAGGGAAGGGAACCGAUUUGCUGGUAGUAGAUUUUUUGGUGUGGAAGAUGGUGACAGAGUCGCAAGCAUGGGCCGAAGGGUGUCUUUUAGCAUAGAAGACAACCCCAAAGAGGGUUUGAGCCACUUGUUUGAACCUGGAGAAGUAUCUAGGACUACCCUCGGUGAUAAUGAGUCCAUAAGCGAUGGAGAAUACGGCGAUGAGCAAGAGUGGGGAAGGAGGGAGCCCGAAAUAAUUUGUCAGCAUCUUGAUCAUGUCAAUAUGUUGGGUUUGAAUAAAACUACCCUCAGGCUGCGAUAUAUGAUCAAUUGGCUUGUUACCUCAUUACUUCGACUUCGGUUACCCGGUUCAGAUGAAGGUGAGGGAGUGCCUCUUGUGCAAAUAUAUGGCCCGAAGAUUAAAUAUGAAAGGGGUGCAUCAGUAGCUUUCAAUGUGAGAGAGAGCAGUGGGAGAGGGCUUGUUCACCCAGAAAUUGUACAGAAGUUGGCUGAGAAAAAUGGCAUUUCUCUUGGCAUUGGUAUCCUUAGUCACGUUCGGAUGGUGGACGGUCCAAAACAGCAUUGUGGGGCAUUUGAUCUUGAAGAUACAGCCUUGUGCAAGCCAAUGGCUAAUGGCUGCCAAGAUGGUAAAAAUAUGUUCUUCCGAGUUGAGGUUGUUACUGCAUCACUCAGUUUUCUAACCAACUUUGAAGAUGUUUAUAAGAUGUGGGCUUUUGUGGCCAAGUUUCUUAAUCCAUCAUUUGUUGAAGAUGAUGAAUUAUCUACAAUUCCGGAAAAUUCAGAAACAUAGGACUGGGAGCUUGUGUCAUUUUUUGUUUUCAUUUUGAAGAUAAUGGACCCCGCCGAUGCCUGUAACAAUCUCCCCCAGAGGUGGACAUAGUCGGGCUUGAACUUUCUCAGUUGAAAUCUGAGACUCAGAAUCAGUGGGAGAUGUUGAAGCAAAGAGGAAAGGUUGCAAAGGUACGGUUUUGUGUGGUCUAUAUCUUUUGCUUCUUCUCCACAGGAGCUUUUCCUUGCGAGCAGAUGGAUUUUUUCAUUCUUGUUGUUUAUCUAAGAAUGUAUUUUUUGUACUCCGUUUCAAGUAGAGUUUGCUCGAAAAUCAUAUAUGAUCUCAGGAAGUAAUAUGGAAUUUUAAUAAAAUUGAUAGUUGGUCUGAAAGCA